AUGCUUUUCCGGUCGUGUGUUGGUAUGGUGUCCCGGUACUCGAGAGCUCUACUCCCGACGAUAACAAUCUCUAGCCGGAUCGCUACUAUUGUUCUUCCGUUUGCAUUAACUCGCGGAAGAAAGAUCCAUACCAUGUCGAAGGAUGAGGAAUGGUGGAAGAAAAUAAGAAAAAGUCCUCCCGUUGAUGAAUUGAUGUUGGAGUCGGUGGUAGAGGUCUUCACUGACUCUACCAAGUAUAGCAAAGUCAAACCUUGGCAGACUCUUAACCAAGAAUCAUAUGGGGGCUCUGGAUUUGCAAUCGCGGGAAAGAAAAUUCUUACGAACGCUCAUGUGGUGGAGGGGAUGAAUGAUCACAUAUUCGUGCACGUCAAAAGACAUGGCUCUCAAGUCAAAUACAAAGCAAAAGUUCAAAAGAUUGCACAUGAGUGUGAUUUGGCCAUCUUGGAGAUCGAUAGCGACGAGUUUUGGAAGGGUAUGAAUCCCUUGGAGUUCGGAGACAUACCGCCUCUCAAUGAAAUUGUAUAUGUUGUUGGUUAUCCAAAAGCUGGUGAAACAAUAUGCGUUACAAAAGGUGUUGUAACUGGAGUUAAAACUGGAAAUUACCUUCGAAGUUCCACUAAACUACUGACAAUACAUAUUGACGCAACUACCUACGGUGGAAAUAGUGGUGGCCCGGUUAUUACAGGAGACAAAGUCCUUGGUGUACUAUUUCAAAUUCUUGGAGAUAAGAAAAGUACAGGUGUUGUAAUCCCAACCCCAAUAAUUAGACAUUUCAUAACUGGUGCAGAAGAAAGCUCCCACAACGCUGUUUUUGGCUCACUAGUUUUAUCAUGUCAGUCAAUGAAAAAUGCUCAAAUUCGUAAUCAUUUUAAGAUGAGCCCUGAAACGACAGGAAUUCUUAUAAACAAAAUAAACUCAUCGUCGGGGGCUCACAAAAUUCUGAGAAAAGAUGACAUCAUUCUCGCAAUUGAUGGUGUUCCAGUCCUUUCCGAAAUGAGACGAAUAAGUUUCAAUCAUUUUAUUUCUAUGAAGAAACCAGAUGAAAAUAUCUUAGUAAAGGUUCUAAGGAAGGGGAAAGAGCAUGAGUACAAUAUCAGUUUAAAGCCGGUGAAACCACACAUUCAAGUGCAACAAUAUUAUAACCUUCCAAGUUAUUACAUAUUCGGUGGUUUUGUUUUUGUGCCUCUCACUAAAUCGUACAUUGAUGAUAAGUACUACAAAAUUACCGAUGAACAACAUGUCAUAAUCUCUCAGGUAAUGCCAGAUGACAUUAACAAAGGAUACAGUAAUUUCAAAGAUUUACAGGUGGAAAAAGUAAACGGAGUGAAAGUAAAGAAUUUGAAACACUUACGUGAACUAAUAGAGGGAUGUUUUAGCAAAGAUCUGAGGCUGGACUUGGAGAAUGACAAAGUGAUGGUACUCAACUAUGAAUCUGCUAAAAAGGCAACAUUUGAGAUCUUGGAACGUCACAAUAUAAAAUCGGCUUGGGCCAGCGAGUAG